AGCCGAUGGAGAUGCAAAGAGACAGGAGGGUGUUUGGUGCAACGCGCCCCAACCAACGGAGGGCUGCGGGAAACACAAGGGACAAGCUGGUGCCAAGGAGCAGCAGCCCGGUCAGUGUGUACGUUGGGCUCCCAUGCGUCAUUGAGCAAGCUUUUUCAACAAUCUCGUGGGAUGAUUUGGAGGACUGCGCGUCCGCGGUGAGACGGGAGAGCGACUCCCUCAGCUCUCAGGUGAACGAAUCUGAUGGAGAUGACCAAGACUUUGGAGAUUAUGCGCUGGAUUUCAUGGCAGAUUCUCCUGCCACCCUGGAGAGCAGUCUGUCUCCAGCUGAGCUGGUACCAUUCCAGGGAUGCGUCCUACCCCUCCUCACCCCUCAGUGGUGCUUCUCUUCAGGGGCUGGUCUGGUUUACUCUUCCACAGAAGCAGGCCACCCAUCUGCCCAAGACCAAGCUCCCUGGCAGGGCAUCGCUCAGUACCAGGGCAGGGCGUUGGGAGGUUCCAUAGAAGUCAACAAUCAGCUCCAUGAGACUCUGCGGCGACGACAGGAAGAGAUCGACUCCCUCCAGGAGAGGAACCUUUCCCUCAGGCAGCUGGCCAGCCGCGCAAAGCACCUCGCCUCGGUGCUCGAAAAACUGAUGACAGUCAGAGACCCACAGGUGAGGGAGCCAGCGAUGCCCUGCGGCGACAAAACGUCCCUGAGUCCCUGUAAGCGGCAGCGGCUCGACGAAGGAUACGAAACGGAGCCCUCCGACUCAGUGGAGGACAUGCUGAGGGACAUCAGCACGCGCUGCAACGCCGUCCUACACGGCGCCAAUGCCAGGACGAGACCGCCGCGGGAACCAGACACCAUACGCAUGCACGGCGCAUUCUCAGGCCUGCAGACUUCUUUCUCCAGCAGCUCGGCUGCGGACGGAGCAGAGCCCGAUGAGAGCGUCUCGUCCUUCAGGACUUGUGUCCGAGAACACUGCACCAUGAGGACUCGGGUGUUUCCUCAUGGACGGGCCUUCACCUCCAGGACACAGCGAGGGGGGUACCGCUUCCGCUGGGUUCCCGACCACAGCUGAAACCGGGGCUUUGCGAAUGCAAAGCUGGAUCCCUCUGUGAUUUGGGAGGAAAUGUGGGUGGGCAGCGGUUGUUAAUGCUUAACAUACAAAUCUAUAGGGAGAUCUGUAAAUGAUUAAUUAAAUCAGUCAGAGGUGGCGCCUGACAAAAGGAAAUGACACUGCCACUUUUCAAUGUGUUUCUGUUUACAGGCCUCGAAAUGUAAUGAU